AUGGAUCGGCUUUGUGCUGAUGCUCUACGCGACUACCAACGGGCGUUGUUCGGCCUCGAUCGCCAGGAAAUGCCACGGUACGGCUUUCCGCUGCGAUCCGAGCUGAUUCCGCCACGAAACUUCUUUGAUCCGUCGGCACUGUUCCCGAUGCUUGACCAACCCAAGCCUCAGCACUCCUACAUCGGUCUCAUCGCAAUGGCGAUAUUGUCAUCACCGGACAAGAAGAAAAUGGUCCUCAGUGAGGUCAUUACUGGGCUGUGCACCCGGCAUGCCUUCGCGAUUUCGAAAGAGGCGAUUUUAGACGGCGGAGAGCUCAAAGAAAGGUUCGACGACACAUGGGUUUGUCGGUGCCGGAUGGCGAGUCCUCGGACGAUUCUCCCAGUCCAUCUCCAGCUUUUCCUUUUCCCAUACAAGACAUGA